UAAGAAAGUCAGCUGAUACAAAGAAAAAGUUCGAAGAAGGAAAUAGGAAGUCACUUUCGAACACAUCAAUAAACAAGCACAAAGAAUAGAAACUGAAAAAAUAAGACAUAUAGCAAAUGGCGGGUAUUAAAGCGUUGGUGGCGUUGUCAUUCAGUGGAGCCAUUGGCCUGACAUUCCUCCUGUUGGGCUGUGGACUGGAGGAGUAUGGGGUGUACUGGCCUCUCUUCGUCCUCAUCUUCUACGUACUCUCGCCGAUCCCGACCUUCAUAUCCAGGAGGCUCAGUGAUGACAGUGAUGCCACCAGCAACGCGUGCAGGGAGCUGGCGUACUUCUUCACCACUGGCAUCGUGGUGUCCGCGUUCGGACUUCCGAUCAUUAUGGCCCGGACAGAGCUAAUCCAGUGGGGGGCUUGUGGCCUGGUGAUGGCCGGCAACUCCGUCAUCUUCUUCACCAUCCUGGGCUUCUUCCUGGUGUUCGGAAGGGGAGACGACUUCAGCUGGGAGCAGUGGUAGACCUUCCCGAGCAGAAAGACAGUCCCAGUCCGAAAUCUAGAUUCUUCACCCUAUGCACUCGGAGGAUUUGAUUGGUGGAGGCACUCUGGUGCUGUAAUAGCUUAUUUUCCUUGCCCACUGAUUGGCUAGCUAGCGCACUUUUCACCAAUCACCUUACACCGGUCUGAACUUCUGUGAUCUCUACCAAUGCAUAGGGCCAAUUUGGGAUUGGGCACAGAGAGGUUAAAGUGCAGACGGAUAAUGUAAACCAGGAGCUGCGGCUCGACAUCGCUAUUAAAGGACGUGCUACCAAGUUGAUGCUUAUUGUUAUUUAAUGUCCAACAGGAAAAGGGCUAGACUGCUGAUAGGGAAAGGAACCCAAACAGUGGGCACGGGGCAUUCAUGGACAGUUUGCCCUGUUUAUUAUGUUCUGUCAAUUAGUCUGACUUCACUUUAACCCCUCAGCUUUUUCUCUCAACCCCCCCCACCACCCACCCCCCCCCCAC